GCCACGAGCGCCGCUUUCGGUCGCGCUCGCCGGACUGCUCCCGCGCCCCGCCGCUCUGGCGCCAGCGCUCGAGGGAGGCGGAGGAGAUGGAGGAUGCGUGGCUGUGGCACCGGCAGCGCUUCGAGCCGCGCUGGCGCUCGCGAUCCCGCUCGCCGGUCCGGCGCCCGCGCUUCGAGCGCAACCAGCGCCACGAGCGCCGCUUUCGGUCGCGCUCGCCGGACCGCUCCCGCGCCCCGCCGCUCUGGCGCCAGCGCUCGCCGCCCCGUGGUCCGCGCUCGCCGCCUCCUCGCCACCAUUCGCCGCCUCGCCCACCGCCGCUCUAUUAUCGCCACCACUCUCCGCCUCGCCACCGGCCGCCGCCUCGCCGCCGAUCGCCGCCUCGCCGCCGCUAGCCUGCCUAUUCGCCAAAAUCGGCACGCCGCCACGCCGGCGGAAUGGCUUCGCGCACGCCUCGCAGAUUCGUGUUCCCGCCCGAGUCAGGCGCGGAAUUCCCCGAGUCACUCGACCAGCGCUGUGGUGUGACUCGGGAGGAGGCGUCCUCUACGGCUCUAGCACGCACACAAGGCUCAAGGGGCCCAACCCGCAGCAGCCAGCACAGCCGUGGGGGACGGAUCACAGCACAGAUGAGUCAGGGAAGUAGACCCGAGAACACAGAGGCGUGUGUACACAGAACAUCGGCUAGCGUCGGAGCAUUUGGACGCGGCCGCUGUAAUUUUUCAGUGUAUGUAGCUCUUACGAACAU